AUGUCCAUUCACGCUGUGAACCGCGUCCAGUGCCGUCUCGCCUGGGACGGCAGCGAUCCCCAGCGCGCGAUCCCCAGCGCGCGAUCCCCAGCGCGCGAUCCCCAGCGCGCGAUUCCCCCGCCAUCCGCAUCGAUACCACCCGCGCCUCUCGUCUUCUCUCACCUCGACCAGGCCAACGGUCCCGUGCACUUCGCUGACGCUGUCGACGUCCUCUACAUCGUGAGAGCCGAGGUCACGCCGGGGAAGGACUGA